AUGUUAUUUCAACUUCCGUCGACUGUCCUCGCCGGCAGAAGGAUUCUUCCGGAUUUCUAUCUCGAUUCCGGCCACCACCUUUUAUUUCAAAUCCUCGACUGCUUAAUCUUCUGCUGCAUCGCUACGGUGUUUUCACCGGUGAGCUCCUCUGCCUAUUCCCGUCUCACCGAGAUGUUUCCAUUGUUCCUCCAUCAAUCCGCCUCAGAUCUGUCUUCAUUCGCUUGGUUCUCCAACCAGCCGCUGUUAGAUGGUCCUGUUCCCUAA